AUGCUAUCCAUAUUGCGUUCCCUAGCCUCCGGGGAUAGCGGUGGUGCUUUUGCACGUCGCUGGGAGUUUCGUGAUGAAGCUCCGCUCAAAGGUAGCGACCGUUCGCUCUUUAUUGCAAUGGGAUUUUUUGGCCUACUAUCCUUGGUCUCUACACUUUCGCUCUUGUCCUUCCUUACCUAUCGAUUCAUUUAUUGGCAACGCUACUACAAAAGCCCGCUUGGCAAGAACCAAUACGUUGUGCUCAUUUACCAACUUCUGCUCGUCGAUCUCCAACAGGCCAUUGCUUUCACGAUCAGUCUGUACUGGGUGUCUCGUGGCAGUGUUCAUUUCGGAGAACCUGCCUGCUAUCUACAAGGAUGGUGGAUUCAGACAGGUGACCCUGGCAGCGGUUUAUUUGUCCUGUCUAUCGCCUUCCACACAGUUGCCGUCGUACUGCGUGGCCGACAACUACCAUUCAACAUCUUCGUCUACUGUGUAAUCGCACUGUGGAUGUUCAUUCUUAUUCUGGGCUUCAUUCCAAUUGGCCUCUACGGCUCAAAGUCCUUUGUCAUCUCGGAAGCCAAUUGGUGUUGGUUGAGUCCCGACCACGAGAAUGAACGUCUCUGGGGACACUAUAUCUUCAUUUUCCUGGCUGAGUUUUUGAAUCUGAUCCUUUAUGGAUUGCUCUUCACAUUCCUUCGCCGCAAAAUGCGUCAAGCGAAGCAGUUGCGUCAAGGUCAGCAAGAGAGUCUCCGCCGGCUGAACCGAGUGGUUAUUUACAUGGUUAUCUAUCCGCUUGUGUACUUGGUCUUGUCACUGCCACUUGCGGCUGGCCGUAUGGCUACUGCUCGUGGUACUCCUCCGGGAAAGACUUACUUCGGUGUGGCUGGCUGCUUGAUGUCACUAUCAGGUUUCAUGGAUGUAGCGGUCUACACUCUUACUCGUCGCCAUUUGAUCAUCGAUACCGAGCAUUCUACGACGGACCGGAACUAUGAUGGAACAGAUUCUCAAUGGCAGACUCAGAUCACAACCACUGCCGGUACUCAUUCCAAGAAGGGAGGAUACGGCAAGGGAUCCCGAUUCGGCUCCAAAUGGCAUCGCAGCGCGCCCGCCACGGAUAAGGAGACUAGGAAUAGUCCCUUUGAAGGAUCAACGGAAGAGAUCGUUCCCAAAGAUGGCGUGGAAUUGUCCGAUUUCGGAGGUGUGUACCAAGAAACAACCAUCGAGAUCUCUCAUGAACCCGCCAUCUCGGCGGAGUCGGUGGACCAGAAUGCGCGUCACAUCGGCUAA